AUGGCCAUCUCCUGGAUAAUAUUGAGCCGUAGUAUCCCCUUGAGGAGCAUCUCACCGUUUUGCAUUGUCUCUAGGUCCAUAUCUACCAAUCCAAACAGGAGUCAGAUGGACCAGCCCCUUUAUAUUUCUACCAUUAACGCUGAGCCACUUCAUCGCUAUCGACAAGGCGGUUACCACCCAGUCACUUUGGGGGAAUCCCUGAAAGCUGGAAGGUAUAAGGUGCUACAUAAACUAGGGUGGGGAGGCUACUCAACAGUUUGGGGGGCCCGAGAUCAAAGGUUGUACAAUCUUCUAACUGAAAAGCUGCUUGUUUACAGGGAAGAGGCGUAUGUUGCUAUCAAAAUUUCUGUUGCAGAAAGUGAACAUGAUAGGGACUCGCGAGAGCUCCAAACUAUGAAAGAGUUGGCAUCUCAUCACCCUCGUCCGAAACAUACGGUCCACAUGCUUGAUGACUUCGAUCUAAAGGGCCCAAAUGGCUCUCAUAAAUGCCUUGUUUAUGAGCUUCUAGGGCCUAACAUUCCGGACACAAUUGAUGCCACUUUCCAGACGGGAGACUUCCUGGAAAGCUCGCCAAAGUUAUUGCAAAGCAAUGUUUGA